AUGGCUUCCGACGGGGUCUACUGCACGCUCCUGCUGAGUGAUCAUUAUCUUCCGGGUGCCAUGGUCCUUGCCCAUUCCUUACGCGACAAUGGCACGAAGGCCAAGCUGGUAGCCCUUUUUACACCGGACAGACUACAAGCAGCUACUAUCAAUGAGCUACGGACCGUUUAUGAUGAGCUGAUCCCAGUGAGCUCGAUGGUGAACGGCACCCCGGCGAACCUCUGGCUCAUGGAUCGCCCGGACCUGAUCGCGACCUUCACCAAGAUCGAGCUAUGGCGCCUGACACAAUACAAGCAGGUCGUGUACAUUGAUUGUGACGUCGUGGCCCUGCGAGCUCCCGACGAGCUGUUAUCGUUGGACGCAGACUUCGCCGCUGCGCCUGACGUUGGCUGGCCUGAUUGCUUUAAUAGUGGGUUGAUGGUUCUCCGACCGAAUCUGCAGGACUAUUAUGCGCUCAAGGCUCUUGCCGAGCGAGGCAUCAGCUUCGAUGGCGCGGACCAGGGACUGCUCAAUAUGCACUUCCGGGACUGGCAUAGGCUAAGCUUCACGUAUAAUUGCACGCCUAGUGCCAAUUACCAGUAUAUUCCUGCGUACAAGCAUUUUCAGAGUACCAUCAGUCUUAUUCACUUCAUUGGUUCGCAGAAGCCGUGGACUAUGUCGAGGCAGAUUGUUCCGCUGGAAUCGCCAUACAAUCAGCUGCUAGGUCGUUGGUGGGCUAUUUAUGACAAGCAUUAUCGCUUGCCAUUUGGAUCACAGCCGCAAGGCGCACCGGGUGGGUUCGAGACAUCGCACCAUCAGCCCCAGGUUGUUUCGACGUCCAGCAGUGAAGAGUACGCAGCUCAGGUUCAUGGAGACCACUCGACGGUCUCACACCGUGAGCAAUGGCCGCAACCGCACCAUGUUCAUUUUGAACCGGAACACCAGCCUGAGAGCUUUCAUCACGGAGGGCCUUCCGAGCACCACCACCAACAUCAUGCACAGUCAUAUGACACACAUCAUGAGCAUCAUGCAGCUCCGGCCGAACCAGCCCCGGUUUCUAUGUUGAGCAUGGUACCGCAAUAUGUUCGCGGAGAGGAGCAUGUCUCGACUUAUAUCCCACCAUUGCCUUACACGGCGCCAAUUACAUUUGCCCCCAAACUGAGCCAUGAGACACACCAUGAGAUGCCGCAAGCCUAUCAACAGCCACUGGAUGAGGAAAGUCAUCAUAUCCAUCAACCACAACCGGUGACGCCAAUUCCGCCCAUCUCUUCAAUGGGCGAGCCAUACCAACGUCCACCUUCUCCGACACCAGAGCCUCCGGUAUUUGAGGCGCCCACGUAUGAAUGGGAUCCAGCACGAGAACCACCACCCGUGAAUUCGAAACCGGAAGGAAUCAGCCUGCAACAAAGGACAUACACCAUGUCUGAUGACACUCAACUCUUCCAACCCCCUGUAUCCUACCCCGAGGCACCAAGAAACAUGUACUACCAAGUCCCCACAACCAGAUCAGCACCAGAAAAGCCCGCCCCAGUAUUCCCCUGGGAAAGCCACGCUCCUCCUCCAACCCGAGUGUUCCCCAUUGAACAACCACCCCCAGAACCAACCGCACCCGAACCAAUCGCCCCCCAACCCCAAUCCCAACCCCAAACCACCAAUGACCCCAUCGACAUCCAGAACUUCCCACCCCCACCCCCCAAAGGCCCCUCCUAUACCCGAGUCCCCUACGAACCAAGCUCCGAAUCUUGGCAAACAUACACACGCUCCAACGCCUGGGACGAAGACCCCGAAAUUCAGCGCUACAUCGAAACAGUCCAACAAGCCCGCAAAGCCAGAACCCAAGUAAUCUCCAGCCCAGGCUCCUCCCACUCAAACACCAGCGCAAGCCCAAGGGACAGAGACAGCGUCUCCUCACCCCCAUCCACAGGCACAGGUCGCAAACCAAGCACCAUAAUAACAGACUUCCCAACCGAAGUCGAACGCCCCAGUCUGCCCGUAACGCCCGCCCCAAUCCACCGCGGCUUUGGCGGCAGUUACGGCGAUGGGAACGACGCCUCUGGCGCGCAUGGCCUUCCCGUUGCGGAGGGCGUGCCCAGUCAGGAGGAAUGGGUGGGUGUCACGGUUGAUGCGUUUUCUUCUUUGCUUAACGCAACAUACUUAUUGUGGCGGUCUACAGAAUCCCCUGGCGAGGCUCGAGGAGCUGCGUCGUCGGCAGUCGGAGGUUAUGGAGCAUCCGGAGCGACUUUCUAG